AUGGGUUUUCCUCGUAACCAUCUUCUCACCCUGGGCUAUUUGCUCUGUCUUUUGCAAGAUCCUGUUGCUGCCGCCGUCACAGCCGGAUCUAUUCAAAGAAACAAUUCCACAACCCUCCACGCCCGCGAUGCAUCUCCUUACCAACCAGAUGCCAUCUGUGGCAUUUGCUACACAUACGUUGUCCAAGCACUUGACUCUGGCAACUGCAAAAGGGUUGCCGAAACCACGGGCAUCACAGUGGAUCAAAGUUAUCAUGUGAUUUAA